AUGACUGCCGACGCUGCCAACGCUUCCAUCUCCUCCCCUCCCGCCAAACGAGUAAAGACCGCCGCUACAAUGGAAGCACCUCCCGCUCUGCAGAUCAAAAAGCUCUCGGACAAGGGCCGGCUGCCUACUCGCGGCAGCGCCUUUGCUGCUGGCUACGACAUCUACGCUGCGCGCGACACGACGAUUCCUGCCCGGGGAAAGGCUCUUGUCGACACCGACAUUAGCAUGGCUGUGCCCGCUGGCACCUACGGCCGCAUUGCUCCCCGAUCUGGCCUCGCCUCCAAGCACUUCAUCGACACGGGCGCUGGCGUCAUCGACGCCGACUACAGAGGCCAGGUCAAGGUCCUUCUCUUCAACCACGGCGAGUCCGACUUUGAGAUCAAGGAGGGCGACCGCAUCGCUCAGCUUGUCCUCGAGCGCAUCUACACCCCCGAGGUUGUCGAGGUCCAGGAGCUCGAGGAGAGCGUUCGCGGCGCUGGCGGCUUUGGAAGCACUGGUUAA